GCAACAACAAUGGGAAAGGAGAAGACUCACAUUAACAUCGUCGUAAUUGGCCAUGUGGAUGCCGGAAAGUCCACUACAACGGGUCACUUGAUCUACAAGUGCGGUGGCAUUGACAAGCGUGUCAUUGAGAAGUACGAGAAGGAGGCCGCUGAGAUUGGCAAGCAGUCCUUCAAGUACGCUUGGGUCAUGGACAAGUUGAAGGCCGAGCGUGAGAGAGGUAUCACCAUUGAUAUCGCCCUGUGGAAGUUUGAGACUGCCAAGUACUACUUCACCAUCAUUGAUGCCCCAGGUCACCGUGACUUUAUCAAGAACAUGAUCACCGGUACCUCCCAGGCUGACUGUGCCGUGCUCGUCAUUGCCUCGCCAACCGGUGAGUUUGAGGCAGGUAUCGCCAAGAAUGGCCAGACCCGUGAGCAUGCUCUCCUGGCCUUCACUCUUGGUGUUCGCCAGAUGAUCGUCGCCGUCAACAAGAUGGAUGAGAAGUCCACCAGCUACUCUGAGGCUCGUUACAAUGAGAUUGUCAAGGAGACCGGCUCCUUCAUCAAGAAGAUUGGCUACAACCCUGAGAAGGUCCCAUUCGUGCCAAUCUCUGGCUGGAACGGUGACAACAUGUUGGAGAGGUCCCCCAACAUGGCCUGGUACAAGGGUCCAACUCUUCUCGAGGCCCUGGACAGCAUCGUUGAGCCAAAGAGACCAUCCGACAAGCCACUCCGUAUCCCACUCCAGGAUGUCUACAAGAUCGGUGGUAUCGGAACCGUCCCAGUCGGUCGUGUCGAGACCGGUGUGUUGAAGCCAGGUAUGCUCGUCACCUUUGCCCCAUCUGGACUCACCACCGACGUCAAGUCCGUGGAGAUGCACCACGAGCAGCUUCCUCAGGCCACUCCAGGUGACAACGUUGGUUUCAACGUCCGCAACCUUUCCGUCAAGGACAUCAAGAGAGGUAUGGUUGCUGGUGACUCAAAGAAUGACCCACCCUUCGAGACUGAGACCUUCACGGCCCAGGUCAUCAUCAUGAACCACCCAGGCCAGAUCCACGCCGGUUACGCACCAGUGCUCGACUGUCACACCGCCCACAUUGCUUGCAAGUUCAGCAAGAUCCUGGACAAGGUGGACCGUCGUUCCGGCGCCAUCAUGCCCAAGGAGGGAGCUGGUGACAUUGUCUUGAAGAAUGGUGACUCGGCCAUGGUUGAGCUCACUCCCUCCAAGCCAAUGUGUGUUGAGACCUUCACCGAGUACCCACCACUCGGUCGUUUCGCCGUGCGUGAUAUGAGACAGACCGUUGCCGUCGGUGUUGUCAAGGCCGUCACCAAGAAGGUUGCUGGAAAGCCAGGAGACAAGAAGCCUGCAGCUGGAGCAGCCGGUGCAGCAGCAGCCCCAGCCAAGAAG